AUGACUUGUAAUGCUAAUUGGCCAGAAAUUAAGCCUAAGUUAGCUGCAGGUGAAUUAGCACAGAACCAACCUGAUUUAGUUGCCAGAAUCUUUAGAGCAAAGCUGCUUGCACUAAAAAAAGAAAUUAUGGAGAAAAAGGUUUUGGGCGAAGUUGCUGCAAUGAUCUAUGUUGUAGAAUUCCAAAAAAGAGGACUACCCCAUGCUCAUUUUUUGAUAAUUCUGAAGCCACAAUACAAAUUGAAAUGCCCUGCUGACUACGAUAGGUUUGUAUGUGCUGAAAUACCUUCUGCCAAUGAUACUAUGCUACGAAAAAUUAUACUUGGACAUAUGAUGCAUGGUCCGUGUGGUGAAUUAAAUCAAGAAUGUCCUUGUAUGCGUACAAAUGGGCUAAAAAAAACUUGCAAGAACAAGUAUCCAAAACAAUAUGCAGCUGAGACGACAAAUAACAAAGAUGGGUAUCUUAUUUACAGAAGGCGAAACACUGGAGAAAAGGUUAAGAUCCGAGGAGCACAGCUUGAUAAUCAGUGGGUUAUUCCCUAUAUUCCAUAUCUGUCUAUGCUAUUUGAUUGCCAUUUAAAUGUUGAAGUAUGUUGUACUAUUAAGGCAGUCAAGUACUUGUACAAGUAUGUAUACAAGGGCCAUGACAAGAUUUCAUAUACUAUUGUACCUGAUGCUACCAAACCUAUUGAUGAGAUUGAACAAUAUCAAUCAGGAAGAUGGGUAUCUCCUUGUAAAGCAGCAUGGAGAAUUUUUAGCUUUGAAUUGUUUGAAAUGUAUCCCCCAGUGCUUCCUCUACAAGUGCACUUACCAAACAUGCAAAUUGUUCAUCUGCACCCUCAUGAGAAACUGAAUUCUGUUGUUGCUAAUUCAAAGCGUUUUAGAACUCAAUUGACUGAGUUCUUCGCUGUAAAUGCAGAUACUGAAGGUGGAACAGGUCACUUAUAUGGAGAAUUUUGUGAACAGUUAGCAUUUGUUUUCCCUGCUGAAGGUGAGCGAUUCUCCUUACGCUUGUUGUUAUUGAAUGUCAGAAGUCCUACAUCAUUUGAAGACUUACGCACUGUCAAUGGCCAAAUCUAUCCUACAUUUAAAGAAGCAGCAUUGAAGUUAGGCUUGAUAGAGCAUGAUGAUAUAGCCAAUCUAACUUUAUCUGAAGUCUGUCAAGUUCAAAUGCUUGUUGCUUUGCGCCGUUUAUUUGCAACCGUUCUUAUGUUUUGUCAAGCAAUUGAUCCUGAAGCUCUUUGGCAUAAAUAUUACUCUCAUUUGUCUGAAGAUUACCGCCUGCAAUUUCCAGAUAAUUCUCAGAAGAUUCAUCGCCUAACUGUAAGAGCAAUGGAACAGUACCUUGAAGGUAUGGGGAAAUCUCUUGCUACCUUUAGCCUUGAACAUCUCAAUAGCCAAUUUGAUGAAGAGUUUAGAAGAACAAAAGAUAUAAUAGAUGCCUUAGAUGCACCUAUUCCAGAAGAAUGUUUAAAUUGUCGCUCAAGGUUAAAUCCUGAACAAAAUGUUGCAUUUACAAACAUAAUGCAAUAUGUUAUGGAAAAAAAACCUGGUGCAUUUUUCAUAGAUGGCCCCGGAGGAACAGGCAAAACUUUCUUGUAUAAUGCUUUGUAUGCAGAAGUUUGUCUUAUGAAUAAGAUUGUUCUACCUACCGCAACAUCAGGCAUUGUGGCUGCAAAUAUUCCAUCAGGUCGUACAGCUCAUUUUAGAUUUAAAAUUCCAAUUGAUAGUGAAGCUUCUUUAGCCCGUGAUGUUCCCAAACAAAGUAGCUUGGUUGCUCUUUUGAAAGAAGCAACAUUAAUAAUAUGGGAUGAAGUUUCAAUGGCCAAAAAACAAAACAUUGAAUCACUAGAUUUACUACUACAAGAUCUAUGUCAAAAUAAUGUUUUGUUUGGUGGAAAAAUUGUGGUAUUUGGAGGUGAUUUUAGGCAAGUUCUACCAGUUGUGCCUCAGAAGACAAUGAAGGAAGCAGUUGAAACUAGCAUUGUUACAUCAUAUGUAUGGCCUAAAUUUAUAAAAUUCAAAUUAACAAAAAAUAUUAGAGCUCGAGAGGAUCUAUUGUAUUCUGCAUUCUUACUUGCCUUGGGCAAUGGUGACCUACAAGACACUGAAGUUGCUUUCAUACGGUUGCCUACUACAGUUACACAAACUUUUGAAAAUAAAACAGAUCUAAUCUAUGAUCUAACAAGAGCAACAUUCCCUGAGAUAACUGAAGGUCACUUUCACCCUAACACUUUUACUAAGAAGGCUAUUUUGACACCACUGAAUGAUGAUGUAGAUUCUAUUAAUUCCUUUAUGAUCAAUGACUUUCCUGGGAAGCCUGCCACAUACAAGAGUUUCGAUACCAUGCUAAAUGACACAUGCAAUGUCUAUCCUACAUAA